UACUGAGUCAAUUCACUGAAUUUAUGGUUCUCUUCUCUACUUGUGUUACGGUUACACUACUUUUUACCAUUAUUUUUGCAAUUGCUGCUUUUGGCUGGUGUUCAACAAAAACUCCAUGGUCUCACUUUAAGCAUCUUACCUAAUAGGAACAUAUCCCCCUUUGUGCAGAGACGCUUUGUAGCUAUAUCAGUUGCAACUACUUGCUGACCUUUUACUAUUAGUGUAAAAUGAUCUUUUAAGGAAUGUCUCUGCUCAUCUUAAAAACAAGUAUCUGAUUAAUGAGUUACCGCUCUGUUAUAGAGUUAACUUUGUGAAAUUCCUUAACUGGUGUGUUUUCCUUUCAGCCCUCUCAGUCACACUCCCAAAAUCCAUCAUUCUCUAGAGAGCUUUUCUUGUUCAUGAAACAUGUAGCGUAUCAUGUGUAGUAUGUUUCUCAUGUUCCCCCAGAGAGUGUAUUCAUUUUGUUGAUCAUAUGUCGUUAAUCCUCUUUGUUGUUUAUACAUACUUGGUAGAACAUGGACUGCAGUGCUGAGCAGUAGAUUCAUGCUGUUUCUAAGUUUUAUGAUCUUUGCAAUUUGUUAUUUAUCAAGGGACAGUGAGCUCAUGCAUUAAUGUUGUCCAAUGAAAGACUGAGUCACAGUUUCCACAGUUGAAGCUUACUGAUACAUGCACCUCAGCCCCCUUUAAUCAAAACAACUUCCUAUGAUCUCAAACCACUAUGACUGAGACAGAUUAUGUGCCCUUUGAUUGCCCAAGCUCUACACAAAUGUUAUAGUUUAAAAUCUCUUUCUUUAAUAUUUACAGUUAAAAGGUAUUAUUUCAAAAUACUUCUUACAUUUCCAUAUUUCCUGUAUGUGGUGAGUUCACCGGAUUUCCCACAUCAUCUGUGGUCUUUAUACCAGUAUAUCAUUUACAGUAGGUUGCCUUAAUAUCUUCCAUUUGUUUGUAUAAACCCUUUACAGUACAGUAAACAGUAAGGUCACACAUGAUGGCAGUUAGUUAGCUAACAGUAAGAGGAAAGCCUAUGACCGUGCACUGACAGCCCAUGCUAGCUACUCCCCCAACCUUAUUUCGGAGGACUUUGAACUUCAUUGUUCAGUGUUUGCUCCUGUCAGUGGUGUGGUAUGUGUGUUUGCUUUACUGUGAUUAGAAAUUGUAAAGGCCAAGUUGCGUUUUGUCCAAUGUUUCUCUGUUAAGAGAAGCUUUGUUCAUUUACAGCAUCAGCUUGACUCCUUUAAACAAACAAAUCUGGCUUCAUUCAUUAAUAAAGAGAGGCUGAGGUAUAUGAUGUGAUUAUAUAUUGAAUUAGCUGCUCAUAACAAACAAACUUUACGCAUCCACCAAUAGUGUGAAUGGAAGAGACGUGUGUGGCUCUUGAUUAAUGUUUUUGUGUGUGUGUGUGUGUGUAUUUCUCUGUCAUAGGCUACUUUUGGGAACAAAUUUCAACAAAUUGGGGUCAGCUUGUCCAAUUCGGGACAAAAACCAUGUUCUCAGUUGGGACAAAGCUGACUUUUGGUACAGUGGUUAUGGCUAUGCUUAGGGUAAGUCUCCAUUGAAAUGCAUUACAGAGGUCCUGUCUUACAGGUUUUACACACCCACACAUAAACACACACAUUGCUUUUACAAAAACACCCCCAGGGCGUGGAAAGUGUCUGCCCCUUUUAUAAUGCUUUUCUGCUUCAUCCAGUAAUGUUUGCUGUUCUGUCUGCUUCCAGGAAUGAGUCUUUGACAGGUGUUUUUGAAGCUUAGGUUGCGUGUUUGCUCUGUCUGCUCCAGCUGUGUCCAUCGUCUCAUCAACAGCCGACAACCAUCACCCUUUCAAACAUACCCCACACACUCAGGAUGGCAGGGGAAUGUGUUCCCUUUGAGGGUCCAGACCUGAAGGAGAUGGGCGAGGAGGAAAUGUGGGAACUGAUUAAUGACAACCGCCACCGAAUCUCCUUGGGGGUGCGACCAUGCAUCUUGAUCCCAUACCUGAGGCAGGCCAGGGUGCUCACGGAGAUGGACGAAGACGAGAUCCUCUCCUGCCACAACCUCACCAACCGCUGCAUGAGAACUAGCUACAUGCUGGAUUUGCUGAGGACUCAGGGGAGAAAUGGUGCUGUGGCUUUGCUGGAGGGCUUGAUGAUCCACUACCCCACCUUGUACACCCAAGUCACUGGACGCAAACCCAGCACUGAGCCUUCAAGAUUUAGCGGCUUGAUAAAGUACUCAGAGCUAACAGAGUAUCUGGUGAGAGCAGUAACAGGGAUGCAGAAGGAGCUCCAGGAGGCACGCUGUGAGGCUGGCAGAAUGUCUGCACGCUGCACCUCCUUGGAGUCAGAGAUUGGGCAGAUUAUGGAGCAGGAGGAGAAGUCGAGAUGCCUUCAGGCUGAAAAUGAACGCAUGCGGAGACAUUUGUGUUCUUUGCAACGUAAAGUCACCAAGCUGAAGGAUGAUAAGUGUGACUUGUAUAUGCGCUACACAGCAGCCAUGGAGGAGAAAUCAGCCGUGAACAAGCGCCUCCAUGACCUCAAUCUGCAGGUGUACCAGCUGCAAACUGAGCUGCAGAAAACCCAAAUAGAGAAGGAGUUCCAGAGGCAGCGCUCGGUAAGGAGUGCUUCUCUUGCUGAGACACCAAAACUACAAGAGGAAGUCAGGAGACUGCGCAGCCAGCUGGUGAAAGCAGAAAAACUGGACCCAGCUCGUCAGGACAUCCUGGCCCAGGACCUGGCUCAGGCCAUAGACAGCCAGGUGGAGCUUGCAGAGCAGCUCAGGUGUUACAGAGAGGAGAAUGAACAGCUGCUCAGAGAGAAACAAGGGCUCAUAGAUCAGAAGGAGUGCCUGAGCCUUCAGGUGCAGCAGCUAACCCUGGACUGUAACAUGCACCAGCAGAAGAGCACCAUGAUACACAAUCAGAUGAGGGAACUGCAGGCAGAGAGAGACCAGGCGUACCUGUCCAGAAACGAGGCCCAGGCCAUGAUUGCCCGCAUCCUGGCUGAGAAGGACACCCUGAGGUGCCACCUGGUGGAGCUACAGGAGAGGGUCUUCAGCCUGCCACCCAAACGCAGCCCCAGGGAACAACAGCAGAGCUGUGAUGAGACAGAGAUUUGCUGGGAGAGCCCGAGGUCCAGCUGUGAAGAAUUCCCAUUCCCAAAUAGACGCAGACUUCGCCGCAUGGACGCAGUUAAUCCCAUGUCACUGCGUUCCUGCAGUUCAGAGAGAGAAGAUGCUGCGGCAAGUAGUGUCCGAUCCCGAAACGCAGAACCACCCAGCUCUGAUUCCCUCCGCAGAAGGCAGGAAGCUCUACGUGCAGACAGAAGUUUGGAAUCAGCAGAGACUGAUUCUUUAUUGGACGACUUUGUGUUCCUCCCCAGUGUGAGCAGUGAAGGCAUGCAGGCAUCCAGGCUAUGUUCAUCUAAAGGCUCCACCUCUGACAGCCUGUCAAGAACCUCAGUCCCUCCUUUCCUGAUGCGUUCCCGUCCGAAAGCUAUUCGCAUCAAUGGCCGUGUUCUCAGUAUCUCCUUCCAGGGGGAGGCAAUGCUCAGCCAGCUGGCAGUGGUGGGGGGGAAUAAGACAGGAGUGUUUGUGCACCAAGUGACAGAAGGGAGCGCUGCCCAUACUGUUGGCAUUAGCCCAGGGGCACAGAUAGUGGAGGUGAAGUACGAGCAGAAACAGAGGGCUCUGAGGAUGGUGCUGGAGGAUUCCACUUUAGAGGAAGCUAUGUGGGCUCUCGGCCAGGUUUCAGGCCUCUGCCACUUCUCCCUACGCCCCAGGCAAGAUGUGUCCCCUGCCUGUUGUUCAGAUUAUGAGGCACUGCUGCAGCAGCUGCAGAACAGUGAGAUCUCAUCAGGAGAUUCCUUCUACGUACGUGUCAACAUGUCUCUGCCUGCUGGCCCCAACGGGACCCUGGCUGUGUCCUGCAACGACAUCCUCCAUGUGACCAACACGCGACCCACUGGCACGGAGGACUCAUGGCACGCCAGCCAAGUUCACCCCUGUCAGCUGCUGGACCUCCAGAGUGGAACCGUACCCAACUACUACAGGGCACAGCGACUUCUGAUUCGAGCAAUUGAGGACAUGAGCUUUCAGACAAAGAAGUCUCACAAGGCUGGGCGUGUGGUGGCCCAGAGUAAACAGAAGGCAGUGAGGAUUGUGAGCACCGGGCGCCAGGGCAGGAACCCACUGUGGGUCAGCGUGGAGGAAGAAAAGAGCACAGAGUCAGGUGAUACAUCUGCACCCAAAAGUUGCGUAACCCUCAUGCCCUACACCCUGGUCACGCCCCACUACCCACCAGUCUGCAGACCUGUCCUGUUGCUGCCCACCGUCCUGGGACGCAUUCUGGACAAGAAGCUGGCAGGUUGGCAGGGCUUUCAGCUCUGUGAACCAGAGGUGCUGAGCUUCUGUGAGCACGCAAGCCGGCUGCAGAGGUCAGAGAUCCUGGAGGAGUGUGAGCAGGAAAGAAACUGCUGCUACACCUUGCAGAGUGUUGAGAAGGUCAUGAAGAAGGGGAUUCACUGUGUGCUGCCGUUGGGCCUGGACUGCGUGCGUCGGCUGCACCGUGCUGAGAUCUUCCCUAUCAUCAUCUUUAUCGGCCAGGCUGCACGGAGUGCGCGCAAACUGAGGUCAAAGCUGCAGCGCCACGGCCAGUCGGAGGAGCGGCUGCUAGCGUGUUCGAGGAGGGAGGAGCCGCUGCUGGACAAGCUGCCGUGUCUGUAUCACAGCAUGGCUCCAGACUCCUGGUGUGACCAGACCUCCCUGCUGACCAGGUUGCGCACCAUUAUCUGGGAGGAGCAGAAGAAGAUCGUCUGGGUGGAGCCUGACCUGUGGUGAAAGAGAAAUCGAAGAGAAAAGAAUCUUAGAAAACACAGAAAAUACAAAAAUAAUGGGAAUUAUAAUUUCUCAAGGGGCUUUUUUGUUACGAUGAUAAAGUGUUAAGAAUAUAUUUAUAUGACAAACUUUACAAGAGAUGUUUUUGUAAACAUGAGUAUGUAUCUAUGAUACUUAUGAGUAACUGAGUGAAUGAAGGACGCUUGUAAUGUGAUCUAGACAUGAAAAUACAUUUAAAGAGUGUAUUUAGCUGUGUCAUUAUUUACUCUACCCAGAAUAUUUUUUUUAAUGUGUUGCCUCCCGUUUUGAGGCUUUUGUUUGAAAAAAACACAGGUGUGAGGUGUUUGCUACAAACACAAACACCGAUAAAAACACACUCUCAUGACUUGCAUGUACUGUAUCUCUACAAUGUUGUAGAUCAUUUCCCAUUUUCUUUUAAGGCUCUGCAUCUGUCAUAACUGUUUCCAGUGUUUUUAUUUGAAUGCUUGACUUUUAAUAUAGCGGUCAGUAAACAUCGGUCAUCAUAGCUAUUCUUCCACAAUAGGUUUACAAGAUUUUAGAAAGAACCCCAACUGCAGAGCAUGUGAUUAGAGUCGAGUCUACGUCAUGAGAGAUCUGUAUCCUGUAAGUCGGGUUCAUGACAGAUGGUGCCUUAAUUCUUCUUUCAGAGAGCUCCUCUCUCUCUCUCUCUCUCUCCUCUUCUUCUCCUCUCUGUCCUUCUUCUUCAUGGUGCUGCCAUGCAAACACACACAUGACAUUUCAGUCAUGACAGAGCAUCCCUCUGAAUUUCUGUGAGGUGCCUCGCUGUCCGCAUAAUAAAAAUGUAGCAAUAUUUAAUACUUUAUGUUCAUUCAAGUUUGAAGAUCAUUUCCACGUAGCAUCAUGUUGUAUUUACUCCACUGCUAUUUUCCAGUUUGUAUCCAUGUUUAGAUUAACUGAAACAUUGUACGGAAGCUUUGAGAAUUCGACUAAUCUUUGUUGUUAACUUACUGUAAACAUAUAUGUUUUAUUCAUUUGAAGUUAAUUUAGUUCAGAUUUCUGGAUUUCAUUUCAGACAGUUUCACAGCUUAUAAACAUGAGCUCAUCUGUUCAUCUUGAAUGAAUGUCCUGCUGAGUUCAUUCAACUCAGCAUGUUAGCAGACUUCCCUACAUGCAUUGCUUGAGAGUUACAGUGACUACCCAGAGACCAUUUGUUUCUGUAGUUUGAAGUGAAAAAAAUAUGAUUGGAACUACUAAUGAAAACAGUUCUAACCAUGAUGAAGGUUAGUAUUGAAUUUAGUCCCUUUAAUAAAAUUAUUGAUAUACAAUUCAAUUUCAAAAUAUUAUACUUUCGGGAAAAAUCAGAGAAAUACAUACUGUAUAUGUAAGUUUAAAAGAUAACAUGUAUGUAUGUGUUAUUUAAAUGAUACUGUCCAUCUGAAUGUUCUAAGUCACAGAACUAGUUGGUAUUAAUCUGAGGAUUCACUGCCCAAACUGGAUGAUACUACAUCUUCCCCCAAAAAAAGAGGAAACCAAAACAAAGGAAGAAAGGAGGUCAAAGGAAAAAAAAAAGUGAACAGGAAAUGCUCUCAG